UUGAUCGGAGCACUAGUUUGAUAUUCAGUUAUUUUUAAUUCGCACACAUAACAUAUAUUUGAUGUACAGGAAUACAUUUUAAAAGUUGUUUGUUUUUUUUUUGGAUAUGGUUCAAGUUAGAGUUAAAGAAGGAUUACUGGAAGGGGAGCUGACUGAAGAUGAGAUAGGAGGAAAAUUCUACAGUUUUAGAGGGAUCCCGUAUGCUGAACCCCCAUUAGGCGAUUUGCGGUUUAAGCCUCCUCAACCAAAAAAAGCUUGGGAUGGCGUGAGAGAUGCCAAAGAGUUUGGUUCUGUUUACUACCAAAUAAAUUUUCACGAACUAGACGCUGGGCCAUCUGGUUCUGAAGACUGUUUGUUUUUAAAUGUUUACACCCCGGACAUUAAGCCAGAGCGUGCCUUACCAGUCAUGUUUUAUAUCCACGGUGGCGGCUUGGUGGGAGGAAGUGGGAACGACGACAUGUACGGACCAGAAUUCUUGAUAAGACAUGGCAUAGUUUUUGUUACAUUUAAUUACAGAUUGUCAGCUCUAGGCUUCCUAUGUCUAGAUACUGAAGAUAUUCCAGGCAAUGCUGGUAUGAAAGACCAAGUAGCAGCACUCAGAUGGGUUAAGGAGAAUAUUUCUAGCUUUGGUGGAGAUCCCGAAAACAUUACAAUUUUUGGACACAGCGCUGGUGGUCUUAGUGUUAGUUAUCAUUUAAUAUCACCGAUGACGAAAGGUUUGUUUAAACGAGCUAUAGUUAAAAGUGGAUCGUUUACAUGUCCUUGGGGUCAAACGUUUGAACCACGGGAGAGAGGACUCGCAUUAGCAAGAAAAUUGGGAUGUUAUUCUGAAGACGAUAAAGAGCUUUACGAAUUCUUCAAACGCCAACCAAUCGAAAAACUCAACGGUAUGCAAUUACCUAUAACAUUUUCUGAAAAAGGAAAUAAAGCCUAUGAUAUAAUUUUUGGUGUAGUAGAUGAAAAGGAUUUUGGCAACAAUGAGAGAUUUAUAUUUGGAGAUGUUAUUGAAAAACUACGCAAUGGUAUACACGAGGGCGUUGAACUCGUAAUGGGGUAUACUGAAGAUGAAGGUCUCAUUUAUAUGCGGAAUGCUAUAUCGAUGGAGGAAAUGUGCGAAUAUUCGAAUGAAUUUCUCCAAUUCUUCGUACCGAAAUCAAUAGCUCAUAAUUGUACGUUGACGCAACAGUUCGAAGUAGGAAGGAAAGUAAAACAAUUCUAUUUUAAAGAUGAAGUCGUAACAAUGGAUAAUUUAAAAGAGCUUGUCAAUUAUUUCUCUUUAACAAUGUUUACGUAUCCUAUGUUCCAAUUAGCAAGAAGUUGUUCAUUGAAAAAUAAGGUUUAUUUCUACAAAUUUACUGGAAAAAGUGAGAGAAAUUUUAUGGUUCGCAUACUACAUUUGGAGGACUUUGUCGGGGAAAAAAUACCGGUUUGUCAUGCUGAUGAAAUAAAUUACAUUUUCCCUAUGAAGAAAGUUAACCUUAAAAUAAACAAAAACGCUAAAAGCUUUAAAAUUAUCGACCAUUUUACAAAACUCUUGACGAACUUCGCUAAAUAUGGAAAUCCAACACAGGAAGGAAAUUUUUUAUUAAAGUGGACUCCGUAUAAUAUAAAUGAACAAGCUUACCUUGAAAUCAACGAGAAUUUAACAACAGGAUUCAAGCCUGAUAAAAUCGAAAUCGAUUUUUGGGAAAACAUCUUUAAAGAGUAUCUCCCGCAAUCUAUACCUUACUAAUUUAUUUUCAACUAGCUGUUCCCAUGCGACUUCAUCCGCAUGAAAUUAUAAAAAAAUCAUUUU